UGCUGGGGCGAAGGUGAGCCGCGCAGGUGCGGUGAAGGGAGGAUGGCGGAGUUGGUUCCUUUUGCGGUUCCCAUCGAGAGUGACAAAACCUUGCUAGUGUGGGAACUGAGCUCCGGACCUACGGCCGAGGCUUUGCAUCAUUCUCUGUUCACAGCAUUUUCCCAGUUUGGCCUUCUGUAUUCAGUCCGGGUCUUCCCAAAUGCUGCAGUGGCCCAUCCUGGUUUCUAUGCCGUCAUUAAGUUUUAUUCAGCAAGGGCUGCCCGCAGAGCCCAAAAGGCGUGCGACCGGAAGCAGCUUUUUCAGAAAUCUCCAGUCAAGGUUCGUCUUGGCACCAGACAUAAGGCAGUUCAACAUCAAGCCCUUGCCCUGAACAGUUCCCGAUGCCAAGAACUGGCGAAUUACUACUUUGGUUUCAAUGGGUGGUCCAAAAGGAUCAUCAAGCUUCAGGAGCUUUCUGACCUUGAAGAAAGAGAAAAUGAAGAUAGCAUGGUGCCACUUCCGAAGCAAAGCCUGAAGUUCUUCUGUGCUUUAGAGGUGAUGUUGCCAUCCUAUGAUUGCAGGAGUCCUGGCGUUGGCUUGGUGGAGGAGCCUGUGGAUAAGGUGGAAGAAGGACCGUUAUCGUUCCUUAUGAAAAGGAAGACAGCCCAGAAGCUUGCUAUUCAGAAGGCUUUGUCAGACGCAUUCCAGAAACUGUUGAUUGUUGUUCUAGGAGGUGGCCCUGAUUGCUCUCAGCUUUCCAACCUGGACAACAGCCCUUCUAGUGAAAGUCUUACUUCCUUGAUCAUCAGCUGUCAAGUCUGAGUAACAACCUUUAAGAACCAAACGAAGUGUGUGGGUUGUUUACCUCUCCCUAGUAUACAAAGGUAUCUCUUGCAUACACUGAAAACUUCUUAGACCAAAAGCCUUAUGGCUCUAGUUUGCCUUGAAGGUAGUUCUAUUGUCUAUAAGAAUAUGUGGGCCUGUGUCUGCCAAUAAAAUGUUCAAAUGUUCUCUCUCUCAGAAGCUUUGUUCAUUGUAUCUGGUGGAAUGAAUUUUGGUUCUCAGGGUGCAGACACCUGGCCCUUGCUUCUAAUGUGAAGUGUCUACUAGCCCAGCGGUCUCUACUCCAAAUUUGAACUUGCUUUGACCUCCACCUGAUACCUUACCAUUUCAUCGUAUUAUGAUUGAACAUUUUGGUUUCCAUAUUUUUUAUUUCUUACGUUAUUCCUUAGUUCCUAUCCGUAAGAUCAUAAUGUCCUUUGUACAAAAUAUGGUUGAUAUUUCAUAUAUAUGUUAAAAACUGAGGUGUGAGGCCAGGCCUGGUGAC